GAUGUUUCAGUGAUGAUGAAGACACGGCACAUUUGUGUCCUUCUACCCAACAAACAGCACCUGGACUGUUGUGUCAGGGUGAGAGCCAAAGGCCAGGAGGUCAUGGACUCUGUGCUGCAUCAGUUCGGUGUCAGUGAUCUCCAAGUGUUUGGUCUGGGUGUCCUCAGAGAUAAUGAAUACCUCUUUUUGGAUUUGACAAAAAAGCUGAGCAAAUACUUCGGCAAAAGAUGGAGCAGAGGAUCUUUAAGGGUCCCGUUCAUCUUGUUUUUGAGAAUCCAGUUCUACGUGGGGAGUGGGCUGCUGAUAUUGAGCAGCAGAGUGCAGCAGCUGUACUUCGCUGAGCUGAGGCAGAAAGUGCUGCGUUCACAGAGCUGCCAUCAGGAAGCUCUGUUCUUCCAGCUGGCAGCCUCGGCACUCCAAGCUGAAGCCGGAGAUCUGGAACGGAGAGACGACGACGACAACCAGAGAAGAGAGGGGGGAGAGGAAAACGAGCCUUACUUCCUUCCAGAGGAUUACUUCCCUUCUUGGCUGAUAAAGCGCAGAGGCAGAAACUACCUCCUCCGGCACACUCCCAUGUUGCACAGCGAGCUGAGAGGUUUGUCCCAGAGCCAAGCUGUCCUUCAUUUUAUAAAAGAGUCCAGCAGGCUGCAGGRCGGAGCCGUGACCUUCUACAGGAUGAGACAGGACAAAAAGGAGAAGAGAAGUUCAGUUCUUUUUGGUGUAGCAGGAACAGGAGUCCAUGUUUAUCAGGAUGUGGAAGGAAAGCAUUGUGCCUUGUUUGAUUUGUCCUGGACUGAAAUCGACAAUCUAACUUUCCAGGGCAGCAGGUUUGAAAUGGCUGCUGUCGGUUCUCUGGGCCUCCCAAAGCUGGUCUACUACACUCAUUCUGCUUUCCACUCUGAACACAUCCUGAGGCACCUGAAGACCAGCCACCAGUUCCACAUCAGCACCAGGGAUGCAGCUGGAUGCGUCCAACAGCUGGAAGACAUGCAGGCCCCUCGCUUCCACAAAGAGGCCUACAUAUGUGACAUGACCGGGUUAAGACAGAGGCUCAGCUGCUCUUACCUCACUUCCUCCAUGUCUGACUGCAGCGCUGAGGUGGAAACAGUCUGGACUGAAGAGRAGGAGGAGGGCUCAUCRUCAGGUCGGCUAAAAAGAUAAAGUUAAAUUCACAACMGUUUCCAGCUGUAAAGUUGUGAGUGGAGUGUGUUUACUGUGUUGGCAGAGGCUGAGCGGUGGGUGGAUGAAACAGAAGAGGUUUUUGUUGAUAACCCAGCUGAGGUGUCCUGGCUGGCUGAGAUGCUCCAYGGUGUGUCUGUGGACGGGCCCUUAGUGUUACCUUCCUCCUACUGGGCAGCUGUCACCAUGGAAAUGAAACAGGUUCUGUGGAGGAGAGCGGGUGAAGGAGCAUCAGAGGCUUAAUUAAYAGCCAGAGACGAGAUUCAUCACGUUCUGCAGCUCGGGAUAAAAAAAAACACACCUGAUGUUUGUCUAUUAUUUCCUGAAUAUAUGAAAUAAAUAUAAAAUACAUCCAGUACAAAGUUAUCAAACCUACAAUGAAUGUUACCAAACCUUAUAUAAAAAAUAAAGAUUGAAAAUGUAAAAUUUAGGGUAAAGCUGUGAUGUAUGUUCUAUAUCAUGUGUAUGUACCGCUGCGCAUAACAAGGAAAAUACCUUCUUUUUUAAAACUUUUUUAUAGUAGAAAUUAUUCAUACUAUAAUAAUGAAUGUUGACGUAUUCUGUAAUAGAAUGUACAAAGGGAUUCWGUCCUUAAAAAUGUGCAUGAAUAUUGUCUAAUUCAUCUUUUGUGCUAUUCCACCUUUUGAAAGUUCAUUUUAUUUAAAUACUGCCUGGACUGAGAAAACUGCACAUAUACAAUAACCUAUGACUAACAAACUUCUCAGUGUAAUUGAAACAUCAGACUGGGUUAUCAGUAUUGUCUGACACACAUUUUUACAGUGGCUGUCCAAAGUAAUGACAUCAUUUAUGCCAGCCAGGCUAUUGCAAAAAUAAUGAUAGAUUUCUGAUAUUUGURUGAGCAUAUGUUAAGUAAAAUAAAUUAAUAAAUAAAAAGAUCCAUGAUUUA